AUGGAUGCCAAUCAACUGCGCGAGCUGGAGACACUGUGCCGCGUGCUUUACGAGAGCGGCAACGAGGUGGAGCGUGCGCACGCGCAACAGGCUGUGCUUAUCCUGCAGAGCUCAGCCGAGUACAUUCCACAGUGUCAGUAUGUGCUGGACAAUUCGUCGUCCCCUUACGCGCUUCUCGUAGCCAGCACCAGCCUCACCAAGCUCAUCACCUCGCACUGGAACAACUUUACCACACCACAGCGCGUUGAUAUCCGUAAUUAUGUGCUGGGCUACUUGGCCCAGAAGGGGCCAACACUGGAGAAAUUCGUGACGACAUCGCUUAUCCAGAUGGUGUGUCGCCUCACUAAGUAUGGGUGGUUCGACGAUGAGCAGCACCGCGAGAUCGUGGCCGAGGUGACCAAGUUUCUGCAGGCUACAGUGGACCACUGCGUUAUUGGUCUGCAGAUCUUGAGUGAACUCGUCACAGAGAUGGAUUUACCCGUGGCAGGACGUAACAUCACAUUCCACCGCAAGAUCGCUGUGUCUUUUCGAGAGGAUUCGCUCUUCCGGAUCUUCCAGGUGGCACUUACCUCCAUUAAGCAGCUCCAGAUGCACAAUAUUCGAGGCGCCACGCCGCAACAGGAAGCCAGGAUGGGUGACCAGGCGCUGUCGCUGCUCAUCAAGUGUCUGUCCUUCGACUUUAUUGGCACCAACCCGGACGAAUCGUCCGAAGAGACAGGCUCACUCCAGGUACCCACUUCGUGGCGCUCGGUUAUCCAAGAUCCGGACACGUUGCAGCUGCUUUUUGAUUUCUACAAGACGACCAGCCCGCCCAACACGUCCAAGUGUCUCGAAGCGCUCAUGCUGUUUGCAUCCGUGAUUCAGGCCUAUUUGCAGUCGCGUCUUGAUUCAGCUGAGCAAUGCGCUCUUGACGACACGCUGGACAACCCGCUGGAUGACGAAGGAGGUCUGUAUGAGCAGCUAGAGAAGCUGCCGACGCUGUGCCACUUCAACUACCGCCAGACGGGAGAGUACAUCGUAUCGGUCUUGGACCCAAUUCUGAAUCAAUACACGGAAGCCUGCAGCAUCUUGGACCAGAGCGGAGGGGCAGCGAUCCCACCGCAGCAGCAACAACAGCUGCAAAGCAUGGAGAACCAGGCAGCCUGGCUUGUCUAUGCCAUUGGCGCCAUUAUUGGCGGACAAACGUACUCCUCAACGUCGACGGAGGGCGACGAGCUAGUAGACGCGGACCUGUCCCAACGAGUUUUCCGUGCGAUGCAGUUGACUGAGCAUCGGAUCAUCGCGUCAGGCGGCCAGACGAAACCUAGCGUGCACUUUGAGUUAUCGUUGCUAUACUACUUUAGCAGCUUCCGCAAGAGUUACAUUGGCGAGCAGCAUGGCAUGCCAUCGGCCCCUACGCCGUCCUCGUCCAUGCAGCCUGCGUCGGCCGGGUCGGCCUCCUCGCCUAUUAUGGCCCCUAGUGAGAGUGCCAUGUCCUCUAAGCACAAAGCAUACUUGCGCAUGUUCGAGCGCCUAGGACUGGGCGACCACACGGUCGUGGUCAACAUGAUGGUAACGAAAGUGGGCAACAAUCUCAAAUUUUGGGGGGGGACGGAGGUCAUUAUUAGCAAGACAUUGGUGCUUUUCUUUGAGGUGGCGUCUGGAUACUCGUCAGGCAAGCUGCUUCUCGGGCUGGAGACUGUGCAGUAUCUCAUCGGGAAUCACACAGCAGAGGAGUUUCCCUUCCUGGCGGUUCCUGCCAAUACACGACACCGAACGACGUUCCACUCGACCAUCGCGCGGCUUAUUUUCACGACAGCGUUCGAUGAGUCUUCAGAGCGGUUCGAACGAUUCAUGGAGCCCAUCGAGAACGUGCUCAACCAGCUCCUGCAGACGCCGAACUACCGUGUGCCGGAGGUUCGCGAGGCUGUAAUUGGUGUGUGUCGAGACCUGCGCGGUAUUAUCCAGCAGACGCACAACCGGCGCACAUACAGUUGCAUCUUCGACCUGCUCUACCCGGCCUACUUCCCGGUAUUCGCUCGUGCCGCCGACGAGUUGUACGACCACCCGGCGGUGACCACAGCUCUGCUCAAGUUCUUGCAGGAGCUGGCAUACAAUAAAGCUCAGCGUCAGCGUUGUGGUGGCGUAUGGACGGCGGAUACAACCAGUGCCGGCAGGGAAGAACCCAUACGGCGAUAA